AUGUCUCAGGAGAAUGACACAUGGAAGAAAGAGGUGCUGGGGGAUGAGCUCAUCGCCAUGAGGCUGCAGAAGCUGGAACAGCAGAGACGGCUCUUUGAGAAGAAGCAGCGGCGGAAGCGCCAAGAGCCCCUCAUGGUUCAGGCCAAUCCCGACGCUUCCCUGUGGCCCCGGCGACCAUGGCGACGGGAGGAGCGCCUCGCGGGUGACAGCGGCCUUGGGAACCCUUUCCUCCAGGAAAACGUGCUAGAGGCACACCUGCGCUCUGGUGUCCACAGUGCCCUGGGCAUCAUGAGCUGCGGUGGAGAUGGCAGCGGUGAGCGUGGCCCACUGGCAUCGCCGACAGAAGGAGGUAAUCUCGAGAAUCUCAAUCUCCAGGCCCCUUUUCUCUCCUGGCUGCCAGACAGUUCUGAUCCAGAGUUGGAGGAAGUUUCCGUGGAGGAUGUCCCCGCUUCUCCACCUCCUUAUAAAGAGCCUCCAGGGACUCGACGCAGGGGUUGGCCAGCCCACCAACGACCUGGGGCCAGUGCGGAGGAAGAGAGUGAACCCCAGGAUGUUGGAGAUGAAUACGAGGCCCCCAGUCCGCAACCAAACCGGGGCAUGGAUGCUGACCUGGGACGCGGAGACUUGGCCUCCAACAAGGGCGAAGACCUGGAAGGGAAGAAAGAGGAGUCGGAGUCUACAGUGAGGACUUCCCCACCGGCAGCCGAAGAGGUGUCCGAGACCCCGGAAGGCGAGGUCGGCGCGGGAAGCAGUGAUGUGGGCAGCUCGCCCCGCGCGCCUCUCCGCGCGCCGGGCCCUCGGCUGGGAGACGACAUGGAAGCUUAUGUGCUGCGGCCGGCGCUGCGCGGCCGCACGAUGCAGUGUCGCAUCAGCCGCGACAAGCGCGGCGUAGACAAGGGCAUGUUCCCUUUCUACUAUCUCUACCAGGAGGCGGCCGAUGGCCGGAAGCACUUCCUCCUGGCUGGGCGCAAGAGAAAAAGGAGCAAAACCUCGAAUUACCUCAUUUCCCUGGACCCCACAGACCUGUCUCGGGAUGGGGACAACUUUGUGGGCAAAGUCAGAUCUAAUGUCUUGGGCACCAAGUUCACCAUCUUUGACAAUGGGGUGAAUCCUGAAAGGAAGAAUUUCAUCCCGGAGACCGCUCGGAUCAGAGAGGAGCUGGGGGCUGUGUGUUAUGAGACCAACGUCUUGGGAUUCCGAGGGCCCCGGAAAAUGACUGUGAUCAUUCCAGAAAUCGAUGCCCAGAACCAGAGAAUCAGUGUCCAACCUCAAAACGAACAGGAGUCGCUACUGAGUCGCCUCCAACGGGGGGCCCGUCAGGGGCUGGUCCUGCUGCAAAACAAAGCCCCGUCGUGGAGCGACGAGAGCGGCGCCUACGUACUCAAUUUUCACGGCCGAGUCACUCGGGCCUCGGUCAAGAACUUCCAGAUCGUGCAUCCGGUUGACCCCGACUACCUGGUGCUCCAGUUCGGCCGCGUGGCCCCAGACACGUUCACCAUGGAUUUCCGCUUCCCACUUUGCCCGCUCCAAGCCUUUGCCAUCUGCUUGUCCAGUUUCGAUGGCAAGCUGGCAUGUGAGUAAUGCAAUGAAAUGUCAUGCCCUCAC